AUGGACAUAUACACAACACCAGCGAUGGAGGCGCCUGAGGGGAAGACUUCAAACCUCAUUAAUCCCACGUCGCUAAUGACGACUCGGAUUGGCUUAUGCUCGGCAGCUCUAGCGGUCGUGCUCGUGUUCGUCUCUAUCCGUAUCUACAUGAGAUAUUUGCUCAAAUCGUUCAAUUUUGAAGACUGGGUCCUCAUCUUUGCAACGGCAUCCUUCACGGCCCUUCUAUCGAUGCUAGUUAUUGUGUCCACAUACGGUGAUGGAAAGCAUCUUUGGGAUGUCUCCGUGGCGGAGCUUUACAGCACACUUUAUUACGAAAAUAUUGCUGAGAUAUUGUACUGCACGACUAUGUUUCCGAUCAAAUUUGUUCUGCUUCACCAGAUAAAAUUCAUUUUCUUUUCUCACGACCGUGGGAGUCCAUCCCAUUUCGUCAUUGUGGUUUUGAUUAUUGCCAACUUCCUCGUCUAUACAGCUUUGGGCUUGGCUUUCAUUUUCGCAUGUACCCCUCGAGAGAAGAUCUACCAUCCUAAUAUCGAAGGCCAUUGCAUUUCUGCCACAGCAUGUAUGACUGCUGCCGCCGCCCUCAAUGUUGCCUCGGAUGUUUCGAUCCUUAUCACCCCUUUGUUUGGCAUUGCGAAGUUGAACAUGCCCCUGAAAAAGAAGCUUAUGGCCGCGUCGGUGUUCGGAGUUGGACUUUUUGCUAUUGCCGCAUCAUGCGUCCGUCUCUACUAUGGUGUAGAGCUCUUCUUCACUGAGGAUUCCACUUGGGUCUUCAUGGGGGUGGGAAAUUGGACUGCUAUUGAAUUUAUGAUGGGAUUCGUCGUUGCGGGUGCUCCAUACAUCCCGCGCUUCCUGCAGACAGUGACUGGUCGCAAGGAGCAAACACCUCAUGCCUACUCAUCACGUAAGUUGCAUGUGCCACAUUACGCGCCCAAGCGGUUCACCCCACCAAAUCGACCCGUCGGCUCAAGCUGGGUCGCUCUGGGCGAGCAGGAGGACUUCAUGCCUUUCGACGGAUCGCUCGAGCGACUUCCAAACGCAACUCACAGGGGCGUUGUCUAA